AUGGCCCGCCUGCUGUCCGCCUUCGCCCUCGCCGCCCUCGUCGCUGUCUAUGCGCUUUUCCGCGCUGCGUCAGACACCACCACGGCGCUGUCCCCUCAGGGCUGCCGCAUGUCGUACAUGGCGCCGUCAUACGUGCUCCAGCGCGCCCUCGACGCCUCGUGGUCGCCGCUCGCUGCGCGCUACAGCCUCUGGCUCUACCGCGAGGUCGUCUGGGACACCGAUGCGUCUUCACAACCCCGCGGUGCCCCCGUCCUCUUCAUCCCCGGCAACGCGGGCUCUUCCCGCCAGGUCCGCUCCAUCGCCUCCUCUGCCGCCCGACAAUUCUACACCGCCCCGCGCGUUCCCGAUCCGGGCCUCUCCUCUCGUGGUAUCAAGCCUCUCGACGUCUACGCCGUCGACUUCAACGAAGAUCUAUCUGCCCUUCACGGGCCCACACUCGCCGCGCAAGCCUCCUACACGGCCAGCGCCAUCGCAUACAUCCUCUCUCUCUACCCGCCUCACACCCCCAUUACCCUCGUUGCCCACUCUAUGGGCGGCGCCGUCGCCGUACACCUCCUUCCGCAUCCGCGCAUCGCAUCUAUUAUGACCCUGGCCACCCCACACACGCUUUCACCAGCGCGUCUGGAUCGCAGCCUCGCGCGCCUCUACGCCGCCAAUGCUCGCGCGCUUGCUGAGGCGCGCACGCCAGUGCUAUCUCUCUGUGGAGGUGCCGCAGACGGUAUGGUUGCAUCCGAAUCGUGCGUCUUGCCCAGCCCUCCGGCCUCCGAUGCCCCGUACCGCCGGACAGUAUUCACAAGCGCGCUCGAGGGCUGCUGGUCCGGCGUCGGGCACCAGGCCAUGGUUUGGUGUCACCAGGUCCGAUGGCGCGUCGCCCGCGCUGCCCUCGAGCUCGGCGCGCUCCCUCUGCCUGCCUCCAACUCGAGCACCGCCAGCUUGAGCCUUGAGCACAUGCGCAGCGCGGUGCUGGACAAAUGGCUUGCAGACAGGAACGCGCCGGCAGCGCCGCGAGACCCCGCCCCCGCUUUUUGGCAAUCGGAUGCGCACCCGCUCGGGCUCUCCCAUGCGCGCUCCGUGCUUGUCUCUAGUGCCGACUUUGCGCUGCGUGCCCCGACGGAGGUGCGCUCGUACUACGUCCCGCUGCCCGUGGAAGGCGGCUACGCGUUUGUGCUAUACGUCGCGCGGGGCACCGUCCGCAGCGUCGGGCCCCAUCAUUCCGGUGCGCUGGUUGUUGACGUUCGGCUCUGCACAGCCGUAGCACCAGGAUCGCUCCCGGCAGAAGGAUCGCCGUCGCUGCCGAAGUGCACUCCCCUUGCAGCUGACACCCUUCGAGUACUUCCGCACCCACGCCCUGGCGCCCCAUUCCCCCUCCCAAAUGAAGGAGUAGAUGAGAGCGAGGGGGUAGUGCUCUUCUCGGCGCGUGUCCCACCCGCUAUCGAAGGUGUAGACAGCGCGCAGCGAUGGGUCGUGGUGGAUGUUUUGCACGCGGACGGGAAGGGGUGGGCGGCGGGCGGAUUCGUUGAGCAGCCGGUGGUAGGGGCAGAGGCGGCGAGCGAUAUUGCCGUGCACGGUGCGUUGUGCUACCUUGUGAUGCUCUGGCGGGUGCGCACCAUGCUUGCGCUGCCGCAGCUCCUGGCGAGCGCGCUUGUCGCGUAUCGCUUGACGCCCGUUUUCGACCCGGGCGCGACUGGGUCAUGCGAUGAUGCCCUCCUCCCGCCCCUGCUUGAGCUCGCCUCCACCGUCGAAUCCCACUUUUACCCGCUCCACCCGCAUAAACGCGUCCCGCUCCUCCUGCAUGCGCACGCAGGCGCGCCAUUCCUCGCGCCGCGCACGCGGGGGCUCAGUUUGACGGUGUACGCGUACGCGCAUGCCGAUGCCGCCGACGCCAACACGAGUGCCCCCGCAUGCCGCUUGCGCGCAGUGCGCCUGCACGUCGACGCAUGGGCUACGCUCGGGCGUGCGGCAGCGCGAUAUUGGGCCGCAUGCGCAGGGUGGGCGGUCGGCGUCGUGCUGUACGCGUGGAGCGACGCGCUCGCGAAUGCGGAGCGGAGUGGCGCGAUGCCGGGCGUGGCGGCAUCACUCGAGGCGUUUGCGCGCGUGCGCGUGAGGUGGCUGCUUGGCGCAGCGCUCGUGCUCUCGUUCGUGCCGCUUCCGGAGGGAUGGUACCUUGGAAACGCGGGCGAGCCUGUGUUCGCGCCGCUCGCACCGGUCCUGCUCCUGCUCUCGACGGGCCUCGUGGGCAUGAGCUGGUACGCGCUGCGCGCGCUCAUGUGGCCGCUCGGGAAGCUGCGCAGGCUCGGCGAGAGAAAGCGCGAUGAUGCAGGUAUCCGACGCAACACUGUCGUCUCGCUCAUCCUCAUGUUCGUCCUCAUCGCCGUGGUCGUCCCGUGGCAGGUCGCCUUCCUCGGCUGCUGGAUCAUCCACCUCUUCACCUGCGCCACGACCGCCGCCCCGCUACCUACCACGCUCUCCUCACCCACCCCGCGCUCCGUCUCCCCUCCCCACCCGUCGUCACCGCCCUCGCCCCAGUGCGCGAGCCCGAGCGCACAGCGCCACGACGCGCACAACCACGCCGCGCAUGCGCUCCUCCUGAUGACCUGGCUCCUGCCGCUUGUCGCGCCCGUGCUCGUCGUCUGGGUGCGCGCGCUUGCAAGCGCGGGGUAUGCCGCGCCGUUCGCCGCUGGAGAUCGCGGCUUCUUCGCCGUCGCGCCGUUCCUCGUGCUCGUUGACUACGCGUCGUGGGCCCGCGGGCCCGUGCUCGCGCGCGCGCCGUUCGAGAGAGUCUCCGUGCGCUGGCUGCUUUCCGUGGGCGCGCUCUUCGCGUUCCUGCGCAGCGCGCGGGACACGUACGUCGUGUUCGACUGCGCCUGGGUCGCCGUCUGUGCACUCGUCGUCGUGCGCGUCGGCCCGCGGUACUGGGGCGGGACCACAUGGCCAAGCAUGCGGUGGCCAGCGCGCGGACAGUGA